AUCUUUCAAGAAUGGAAAGCAACCUCGUAUGGGCCUUUGCGUCCACCACACUGUGGUUUUAGCAACGUUACGCAUACCAGGGUGGUUGGUGGUAAACCAGCUAAACUUGGUGCUUGGCCAUGGAUGGUUGCAUUAGGUUAUCCUAAUUACACACACCCAGAUGCGGGACCAGUAUGGGAUUGCGGAGGUUCCCUCAUAUCGGCUAGACAUGUUUUGACCGCAGCGCAUUGUGCAGAUGACGAAGAUUUGUACGUGGUUCGUAUCGCGGAUUUAAAUCUAAAACGAGAUGAUGACGGAGCGCAUCCUAUUGAAAUGGGGCUCGAAUCUAUACUAAUUCAUCCUGAUUAUAUUACCGGGCAACCCUUCCAUGAUAUCGCUAUUCUUAAAUUGGAGAGAGAUGUACCAUUUUCGGAGUACAUACAUCCCAUUUGUCUCCCCAUAGAGAAAUCCCUUCGAAAUAAAAACUUCGUGGGCUAUAACCCCUUCAUUGCUGGAUGGGGAGCAUUAAGCUUUAGUGAAUCAUAUACUAACGCAUUAAUGGAACUGCAACUGCCAGUGGUUACCAACGCCGUGUGCGAGAAAGCUUAUGAGGAUUUUGACAUAACUAUCACCAAUAAAGAAAUAUGCGCCGGCGGAGACCCUCGAGGUGGAAAGGAUGCUUGUGGAGCUGACAGCGGAGGACCACUGAUGAUACCACAGCAAUUCACCUACUAUCAAAUAGGUGUUGUGUCAUCUGGUCAUGAAUGCGGCGUACCUGGUUAUCCGGGCAUUUACACGAGAGUCACGUCGUACCUCGACGACUUCAUUAUCCCAGUGUUGCAAAAUUAUUAGUAUCCCAUAAAUAUCAUUUUUCGUGCACGAAAAAUAAAGUUGGAAUGUAUUAUUGUGGAGAUAAGAGGCAGCUCAGAUUUAUAUUGUCUUUUACGUCAAGAAUUAUAGUCUUAAAAUGCAUGAAAUGUUACUUUGAAACGACACUAACUUUUUACGUACGCUAUAUUUGCACGACUUAGAUACGUAGAGAUGAUAAACGAGCAUUUAUUAAAUUUUUACUA